AUGGAGCUGAGGCCUGACGCCAGCCACAAGGAGAAUGUGCCCCCAAGGCCUGCAGCUCCCCCGAGGCCAGAGCAACGGAGAUUCCUGAGGAGCCCGGGUGUCAGCCUGGGCAGUGGAUGUGUCCACUGGGUGCCUGUGUGCCAGGCCAAGCAGGGAGGGCUUGCCACCACACCCUUUCCAGGGGCAGUCCUGCGCCAGAAGCCCUGCCAAGUCCAGACCAACCUGGCCAGUCCUUGUCCCCGCCUGGGCCUAGCCCUGAAGGACAUGACAGGCCGACUGGUCAAUUCAAGCUACCAGCAGCAGAACAACUUGCUGCCCUUGACCAGGAGGCCCCAGGAGAAGGCCCAGGAGUUUCCUGUCCAACAGAGUAACCUGAACAUAAGGAAGACCACUGGCCCCCACCUCUGGCCAGAGCCCCACAGGCUGUCCAAGGGAAGUCCCCUACCCCAUAGGCCACUGGCUCGCCCAUCCCCCAGCCUGAGGCAGUCCUGUCUGCCAGCCAUGGAUACCCCCUGCAUGGACUUCAGCCCCCCUGCAGGUUUGGCCCCUCUGCACGGGCCCACACAGCCAGGCCCCAGAUCCUGGUGUGGUGUAGGAAGCAGGACCUUCAGGCUUGUGGGGGAACCCCUCACCCUGGAGGACCUGGCUGUCUCUGCCCAGAGCCAAGCUCAGUCCCCGUUCCAUGUUGCCAUUCACCAGCUGCUGGCCUCCGUGCGACUCCUGGAGCACGAGGCAGCCCGCCUCAGGUGCCGGGCAUCCCCAGAACCCCCUGGCGCUGUGUGGCGGGAGGCCUGGACCAGCAGUGGCCAGGCACUCCCUGCCCGCCCCCAGCCCAGCCAGCCUGUUCUUGCUUCCUGGGGUGAGAGAAAGGGACACUCCCGAGGCCAUAGGGCACCUGUGGAUUUCCUAGAGACACAAGGAGUCCAGGCUGGUCUCUCAGAUUCCCAGGCACACAGUAAGCCAGUGUUGCUGGAGACCACUUUGGGGACACUGGCUGGGGAUUUCCUUGACUCUGAGCAGAGGGUCCUUCCUGUCCACCCCCUAGGGCCUACAUAUGGCAGGGAGCAGAGGGGGUACCCCAUUCUCCCUCAAGGGGUGAGUAGCAGGGAGGCCAGACUCUGUUCUUCAGCCUUGUUCAGUGUAGCCCGGGGAGUCCUACCUGGGCAGGAAGGAGGGCACGGGUCCCCCAGGGAGCAGGCCAGCAGCGAGGAAGAGAGGACAGCUUCCUGUUCACCAGAUGCAGCCCCAGCAAGGAGCGCCCCACAGAACAAAGCCCAAAACAUCCAGGCCCUGGAGCCCAAGGCAGCCCGCCGGCAGCUGCUGUGCAGAUAUGUCAGAGCCUGGAGGCACUUGGUGUGGAGGCGUCAGGCAGUGGCAGCAGCAGUGGCCCUGGGCCGCCGGCACCUGUUGCGAAAGGGUCUUCGUGCACUGCGGUGGGCCCUGUGGCUCCGGGAGGCCCAGCUGGAGGCAGCAUGGGGGCGACACACAAAGGCCCUGCUGGCCUGGAGCUUCCAAGAGUGGAGAAAUGUGUUUCUGCAGCAGAAACGGGGGCAGCCCCACAUCCAGGCUGGGUCAGGACGCCCACCCACCAGGGGAGGCCAGGGCCAAGCCCCCUCCUUGGGAAAAAAGGCAGUGGUGGACCCCACCUGGAGAAGCAGUCCAGGGAGGCCAAGGGAGGAGGAGGGAGCCUGGCGGCAGAUUCCGUUGCAUCCUGGACAGAGGUCAGACGAUGGAGACGAGAGAGUCCAGAUCCUGCAGGCCCUGCAACAGCUGGCUGUCUUCCUGCUACGGUGCCAUCAGAAGUCACAGAAGGCCAGGCAGGACACAGGGGUCCUGGGGGAGGCCACACAGAGGACUCGGAGGACAAGGAAGUGCCCCCAGGCCUGGUGCUGUCAUGCUGCAGAUGCGGCCUGUGUGGCCCCACGGCACCCCCAGCCCCAGAGAGUCUGGCUAUGCAGGUGCUUUGGGGCCUGGCAGUGGUUCGUGCAAAGAGGGACCCGGUACCGGGACCACCUGGCUGACCGCCGGGUGGGGAUCCUGAGGACAUGCCUGAGACAGUGGCUACAGAUGAAGCAGCUCCGGGCCUCAGAUGGGGCAAAGGUGACCCAGCUGACCCUCUGCUGGCAGAAGGCGGGGUACACGGCCCUCUGCAGCUCAGCCCCUGGAGCUACCACGGUGCCCCAGGCUCAGGGGCUGCCCCAGGAGCAAAGCCAGGGCUCCCUGCAGGAAGCCUGCUGGAGACUGGCCCUCUGCCGGGUGCUGCUGCUCUGGAGGACACGGCUGUCCCACAGCCAGCGGGCCAACUCCUUUUUCCAGGGCUUGCAGCAGCGGACUCUGCAGCACAUCCUGAGGCAAUGGCGCUUGAGGGUGUGGGGUCCAGACACCUCAUCAGGCAGUGCCAAGACCACCUUGGUCCUGGGGCCACUGGGCAGCAUCCCAGGAGGGGAGGCCUCGCUGGGCUGCAGCACACCCCAAGGCUCGCUGGAGAAGGCUCCCAGAGCCCCUGGCCUCCUGGAGACCCUCUGGGUGAGCUUUCUGUGGGCAGCUGUCCGGCAGCAGCAGGGGCAGUGCCUUCUGCUCUGGCGGGCACGGGCCCGGCAGUCCCGGGACGCGGCGAGGUGGUGCCAGCGCACCCUCCAGAGGCGAGUCCUUCUCAGCUGGAGCCACUGGGUAGUGGCCCAAGAGGCCCGUAGAGAGCUGGCUGUCCGUUGGGCCUGGGAUCGGAGCUGCAGGGCUGCACUGGGCCUGUGGUGGCGGCGACUGGUGCAGUGGCGGGAGGCAGAGCAGCGGGCCCAGGAGCACAGCCAGGGACUGGCACGAGACGCCCUGCACUGCUGGCACUCCCACUGGCAGAGGCAGCAGUUCCUGCAUGGAAAGUACCAGAGGUGGGUGCAGGUCCACCAGCAGGGCCUACGGAGGGCCGCCUUCCGGGGCUGGCAGCAGGCAGUAGCUCGUCGGAGACACACAGUGGCCUGUCCAGAGCAUCUCCUAUUGCAGAGCUACUUCUGGGCCUGGCAUGAGAUUGUGCAUGAUACAGGGGUGCUCUGGGCCCAGCGUCUAGCCUUGCAGGAUGGCCAGAGGAGAUGGGCACUGGGGGCUGCACCCGCCAUGGGCCAGGAAGCCCGAGUGGCUGCAGACCAGAUGGAACAGCUCGUCACCUGGGCCUCCAUUGCCCACUAGAGAAGCUGUGUGCAGUGGGGCCAGGCAGACAAGCAGUGCGGGAGGGCCCAGGCCCAGCAGGCCUUCAUGGCAUGGCGAGUGGCACUGGGCCAGCACUGCAAGGCCAGGCAGCAGGUGGAAGAGAAGUGCGGGCCCAGGGGCCUGUGCUGGACUCUGUGGGUGCAUGAGUCCCACCUUGGCCAGGUCAGCCAAGCCCACACUGCCUGGAAACUGGGUACCCAGGUCUUAGAGGCCUGGGCCCAGUCAGUGACCCAGGACUGUGUCCAGCAAGCUGCUGCCACCCAGCUCUGGCAAGCUGGGCUCAGGCGCCUCCUGCAGACCCACUGGGCCCAGUGGCGGACAGUACUGCUCAGAGUGCGGCUGGAACUGCGUGCUGAGGCCCAGGAGGCCCGCACGGUCCACCCCAGGCCCCCGGCUGACUUCAGGCGUUGGCCCAUGCUAGCCAGCAGAGGGCGCCUCCUGCUGCUGAUGGAUGCCCCAGCCCCUUGGAAGCAGACCCACAGCUGCUGGACACCGGCCACAGGGCCUGUGCUGCCCAAGCCAACACAACAGCACAGACUUGGUGGACAGAGGAAGCUGAGGGAACUGUCCUGGACUCAGAGUAAGAAGACCCUGCCCCUGGGGACAAACUGUCUGAAGUAUAGGGGGGCCGAGGGGCUUGCCAGAGCCAUAGCUAGAGCCGGGCCCCCUCUGGCCAGUGCUCAUUCAUGCAGGAUCCUGGAGGAGCAGGCCCAGGCCCGUGGCUCUGCCCUUCCUCCUGCCAUGAAGGGUCAUGAUGCUCUUGGCUGUCAGGAGGAAAUACCUACAUCGCUGGCACCUCGGGGCACUGCUUCACAGGCUCCAGAGUUCCCAGCAGGCCAGACGCCUGGCAGCGACAUGGCAGCGCUGGGUAGAUGCUCAAGGGGUGCAGCAGCUGGUGUGGACUCUGCUUAGGCAGUGGCACCUGAGAUGGGCCUGGCAGACGUGGCGGCGGCGGGUCCUGCAGCUGCCUUUGAGAAGUGGCACCAGCGCCUGGCAGCCAAGGGCCCGAGGACAGGAACCACCAGUAGCCCGAGACCCCUGGGAAUGCCAGGCACCAGGGGCCCUGGGAGCAGGCUGGAUGCCACCCAAGCCCCCGGGAGUGGUGGACUUGGGGCAGAGCAGGGGCUCAACUGCAGCUGUGACUCGUUCCCAUAGAACGAAAAACAGAACUGAGCCCAGCCUUUCCAGGGAAGGAACCGUGCCCCACGCAGAAGGAAUGUGGUGACGAGGGGACAGCUCUGGGAGCUCUGAAAGAUAAUAAAUGCCCUUCUUAAGCCUA